CACCGAGAACCGGCACUCUCGGCCCCGUCGAAUGUACUCGAGGCCGAACUGAAGGUCUCGUCGCUUCGAGUUGCUCAUCAUGGGAUCCCAGAUACAACCUGAGGAGGAAGAUGAAGUCAGCGAGUUGUUGGCUGUCGUUCUUGAUACCUCCUUCAACUCAGCUCUGAUCAAGGAGAAAAAUGUGGGCCAGUUGCUCGAUGCCGUCGUCAUAUUUUCGAACGCUCAUCUGAUGAACUCGUCGAAAAACACAUUGGCCGUGGUGGCCUGUCACCCGCAUACUGCGAAGAUGAUCUAUCCCGUGAAGAAGGACAGCAUUCAGAACAUCCGACCCCCCGACGCCCAGAUGGAGAUUCUCGCCCACGCAACGCAAGUCAUCCGCGAUGGAAUCAAAGAGGUGGUGACUUCAUGGCAGGGUGUCUACAGUAUUGAGCCGCUGCUCACCGGGGGGAUGGCUCUCGCUCUGUGUUACAUUGCCAAGCGCAUGGCAAAUACCGUGGGGAAGCUUAACGGUCGCAUCCUGGUCCUGAGCUCCUCCGGGGAGAGCGCUCACCAGUACCUCAAUUUCAUGAACGUAUUCUUCGCCGCGCAACGUAAGGCCAUCGUCGUCGACUCUUGUGUGAUUCAGAACGACUGCGGUCUUCUGCAACAAGGCGCAGAUAUUACCGGAGGAAAUUAUCUCAAAGCCCCGUCGAUCGCUGGUCUACUCGAGUACCUUUUAUGGGUAUUCCUACCGCCGAAGUCCCUUCGAGCGAAACUGGUUUUGCCGAAACCAGAUGUCGUCGAUUAUCGGACAGCUUGCUUCUGUCAUCGGAACCUCAUCGAAGUCGGUUACGUGUGCUCAGUGUGCCUGUCAAUUUUCUGCCAAUUCGCUCCGAUUUGUUCCACUUGUCAGACCCAUUUUAAAUUCAUCGGAUUCAAGCAAUCGAUGGUGAAGAAGAAGGAGCAGAAAUCGUUGCAAGCACCACUAUUGUGA